AUGAAAACAAAUUUAGUAUUAAAGUCUCAUCAUCAUUCAUUAGCAAAAUCAAAUAAAUGUAAUUUUAAACCAUUAUUACGUCGAAGAAGUUGGCUAAAUGCAUUUUCACAAGAAGGGAACAUUGAUGAAAAGGCAAAUGCUUACAAAAUCUUCAGUAUUCUUUAUGGUUUAGUUGUUUUUAUUGGUGGUGUAGCUUUUUCAAUCUCUCGUGCUAUUAUACCACAUGAACAAGGAGAAAAUAUAAAAGAUUUAGCAGCAAUUUAUUUUACAUAUCUUUAUUGGUUAUCAAUAAUUUGGAUUAUAUUUUGUAUUGCUGAUAUUAUUAGACAUAAACGAAAAUUAAAUAUUCAUUCAUCAAGAAUUAAUAGGUUAGAUUCAAAUAAUAUACAAAUGAAUAUAUUUCGAAAAAAUCAAAAUUUGAAAUAUUCUUCAACAUCUCAUUUUAAUAAAUCUAAAUCAUCAGAUAAUUUAGCAUUUUUUAUGAGACGAGAAACUAUAGAUCAUACAUUAAAAAAUGAUGCACAUCAUCGAAAAAAUCCUAUUUUUCAAAGAGUUAUUGGAUAUAAUUAUGAUGAUUAUUCAACAGCUGGUGGUCUUUAUAUUCGUGUCGGAAUCGGAAUUUUUUGUUUUGGUACAGUAAUACAUUCAGGUUUAUCAAUAUUAAGUUAUCUUGAAAAUCUUUCAUGUACACCAUGGACAGCUGUUAUGGAUGAUUUUUCAAGAUUAUUAUUUAGUUUUAUUCAAUUUUUCUUUAUUUUUAAACAUUCAAAUUUAGUCAUUCGAGCACAUGAAAAUUUUGCUCGAUUAGCUGUAAUGCAUGUUGUUGUGACUAAUUUAUGUGUAUGGUAUGUAAUGGAUUGA